AGCACCACUGCCCUACCAAGCCGCGCUCCUGCCACACACACGAAUCGAUUUGCUCUUUCGAGCUUGCGCACGAGCAACAGUCAAAUGCACGCAAACGACGCACCGGACAUAGCUGCAAAACCCUAUGUGCGACUGCUCUAGCGAUCCCGCCCUGCCUUCGAUUCCCGCCCCUCCACCACUGCGGGACCGCCACCCCAACCAUGGAGCGGCAAAGGAAACGAGAGCUCCGCGAGCUCAAUAUUAGAGUCUGGAAUGGAGAACAAGAUGUAUUCCCCGUGCACGCCUCGCUCGACUCGUCGAUGAAGAAGAACACGGCCUACAUCAAGCGUCUGCGAACCGGUAUCCAAGCCUCGACCCAGUCCCAGUUUCUCCAAGAUGUGCAAACCCUGUCGCUCCACAAAUACCUUUCCGAGAUCAUCUCCGCAUGCUACGAAGGUCUCUGCAAACUCAAGACCCCUGCAGAAAUUGCAACUGGCGUCGAAGUUGUCAGCGCGCUCCACCAGCGCUUCGGGCCAACGGAGUUUACUGCAUAUCUUGGAUGGUAUCUCGGACGUGGACUCAGCACUCCAGAUAAAUCCCAGUUGAAAACGCUUGCGCAGGAUGUCCGCGAGAAGGAAGAGAAGGAGCGACUCGCUCGCCAGAGGAUCUUGCUGCGCGUCGCCACAGAGCUAUGGCUUGUUGGUGUACUGCGUAGCUUGGAUGACGUCUCUCGGCCAGAGGAAGCUGGCAAGACCAAGGAGAACGUGAAGCUCGUGGAGACCAGCAAAGCUAGGGCAGCUGCAGCCUCGAGCGCUGACGCCGAGCCGUUUCCACUUGAGGUUCUGAAGGACAUGCUCGGCCACGACCGCGAACACGUCAAUCUACCUCUGCUCGUCAUCUUCGCCAAAGCCUUCUCAUGGGAUAUACUCGGAGCUAAGACGUCUACUGCCGAGGGCCGCAAGCACGUCAAUGAAGAUGGUAGCACCACGACCGACAAGAAGGAGGAUGCGUCAGCGACAGAAGACGACGAUGCUGAGACCAAGGACCCGCCCAUCAUCGGAUCCGAAUUGCAGCAGCGAUUCAAAAAUAUCCUCACGCGCUACUUUGAGGACGUCAAGGCGCACCUGUUGCGUGACCAGAAACAGCUGGCCAGCCAAGGACGCAGGAAUGCCGAAGCAUAUGUCAAGUCGGGAGAGGUCUUCGAGGAUCGCCAGGCAAACUAUGAGAAACAGACGAAGGCUCAAGAAAAGCUCAUUGCCAAUGCGCAAGUCUUGGCUGAUGCGCUGGGGCUCGAAAUGCCGGAUUUGAAGGAGAAGGACACGUCUGCGAACACCGGUGACGGCUUGAUUGGUCUCGUGAAAACGGGAGAGUACCUACGUGGUCGAAGCGAUGGUGCCGGUAUAUGGGAAGACGAGGACGAGCGUCGGUUCUACGAAAAUCUUAUCGACCUGAAAGAUCGCGUGCCUGGGAUCCUGUUGGAAGAGCCAAAGAAGAAGAAAGCAGACGAUGAACAAGUUGGCAAGAAGGCCGAGAGCAAAGCAGAAGUUGAUGACAAGGAAAAAAUGGAAGCCCCUUCGGAAGCCAAAACCUCAGAAUUGGACGAUGCAUCGACUGCAAUCGCAAAUAAAUCUGUGGGGGCUCAGGUAGAUGCUGUCUUGGCCAAGUUGCCGGAACUCAACACCAAAGAUGCUGUGGACGGGACAGCCAUCGACUUCUGUUUCUUGAACUCGAAAGCAUCCCGCAACCGCUUGAUCAAGGCUGUACAGGAGAUUCCAAAAGGACGAAGCGAUUUGCUACCACUGUACUCUAGGCUCAUCGCAACCCUAGGAAAAUACAUGCCUGACGUCUCGCAAGGUCUUGUGACCUACUUGGACGACGAAUUUCGCAGCCUUCAGCGGCGCAAGUCAAAGGAUUUCCUUGGUCAAGUCCGGACACAAAACGUACGAUAUCUAGCCGAACUGACCAAAUUUGGCGUCGUUCCUGAGCAUGUCAUCUUCCAUUGCCUCAAGGUCAGCUUGGACGACUUUUCUCGCAUGAACAUUGAGAUCAUCUGCAACUUGUUGGAGAAUUGCGGUCGAUACCUCCUUCGUAAUCCCGAUACCUCGCCCCGCAUGGCGUCAUUUUUGGAGACCUUGCAGCGCAAAAAGAGCGCACAGGUAAUGGGACAGCAGGAACGUAUGCUGAUCGAAAACGCUAUGUACUACGUCAACCCGCCAGAGCGUGCCGCAAUCGAGCAAAAGGACCGGACUCCGAUUGAACUCUUCCUUCGCAAGAUAAUGUAUCAAGACCUGACCCGCCGAUCCGUCGACAAGACUGUUCGGACGAUCCGCAAGAUGCAUUGGGAAGAGGAGGAGGUCGUCAACAUUCUACACAAGAUCUUUGCCAAACCGGGAAAGAUUAAGUACAGCAACAUCCACCUCUUAGCAAUUAUCCUCGGGACGAUACAUCGAUACCACCAGGACUUCACUAUUUCUGUCAUCGACGAGCUUCUGGAGAAUAUCACCUUUGGUCUCGAGCUGAACGACUUCAAGUUCAACCAACGAAGGAUAGCGGAAGUAAAGUACUUAGGAGAGAUGUACAUCUACCGCCUGGUAGACUCUCCUCUCGUGUUCGAUGUCUUGUACAAGCUCGUGAACUUCGGCUGGGAGGGCGGAUAUGCACGUCCCGGCGUCUACAAUCCUUUGGAUCUUCCAGAUGACUACUUCCGCAUUCGUCUGGUGUGCAGUCUGCUGGAAACCUGCGGCAUGUACUACGAUAAAGGUGCGGCCAAGAAGAAGCUAGAUUUCUUCUUAUCUUACUUUCAGUACUAUAUCAACAUCAAGGAAGCAUUACCAAUGGACGUUGAAUUCAUCGUGCAGGACGCGUACAGUCUCACGCGGCCCCAAUGGAAGCUGAUCACGAAUUUGGACGACGCGGCGAAAGCGUUUAGCGAGGCUGUCCAGCAGAACUACCAGGCUUCUUCGAGCGGAAAGGCCGCUGAGCUUGAAGAGGACGAAGGCUCUGCUUCUGACGAUGAAGACGGCCCGGAUGACGAGGAUCUUGUCAUGCCCGAAGGUGACGAUGAGAAGUCGUCCGGAGAGGAAGGAGAGGAAUCUGAUGACGAUGAACCUGUGAAGCAUAACUCAUCCGACGAGGAAGAGGAGCAAAUCAUUGUCACGCGACCGGAAGAUGAGCGUGAUCCCGAAGCUGACGCUGAGUUCGACCGUGAGCUCGCAAAGCUAAUGUCCGAAAGCGUGGAGUCCCGCAAAUUCGAGCGCAAGCCUGUGUUUGACGUUCCAUUGCCAAUGCGUCGUGCUCGCGACACUGCCGUUGCUGCAGAGGACAGCGCCAUGGAGGCACCUGCCCAGCCCGUCCCUACUAACACAGUGAAGUUCUCUCUUCUCAGCAAGCGCGGCAACAAGAACCAAACCCGCUCCAUUGAUCUCCCAUCAGAUUCAACGUUCGCUGUUGCUAUGCGCAACAAGCAGCAAGCCGAGCGGGAAGAGCAGCAGCGCAUCAAGAGCCUGGUCCUCAACUACGACUUGCGAGACGACGAUGCAGAGGGUCUCGAGAAGACGCACAAUCCAUAUGCGCAACCCCGUCUUGACAAGGCCGGGGCGAACCGCAGCAAUCAGCGAUCGAGGAAACUACAGCUAAGCGAUGUCAACUGGACUUGAUCUGCCCCAUACGAUGCUAUUGAAGCAUCAUUCAAACGACUCAUUAUCCAGCAACAAAUGCCACCGCCUCUGCAACAUGCCUUGUAGGUACGAGCCUGCCACUUCUAAGCCACUGGGCAUCGUCGGUCCAGCUAGCUAUCUGCCGCCUUCUCCGAAGCUGCAGAGGCUUAGUGUGAACACUAGCUCUCGGCAGUGCGCAAGGCCGAUUGCUGCAUGCACAAGACUGGGAGGAAUUGGAGAGAUCGAGCAGAGGACAUAGACGUGCAUAAGGCUUGGCACUGGCUGUUCCGAGACGGGAUAUGUAGGUGCUUUGCUGGGUACUGGUGAUAGGAGAUGAUAGUGAGUUAGUUUAUGGAUUUUUAGCAAAUUGAACACUGUCGUCAUAGCCGCAACC